AUGGUGUGCUUUGCGGCAAAUGGCUGGCUUGGACCAUCAGUAAUUGUGGUAUCCAAAUCUUCAACCUUAGACAAGAAUCUCAAGGAUAUCGUCCAAGGUCGAAUCUAUUUGAAUUCUUCUGACAAUGGAUAUAUGAAUGAUGCCAUAUUUCUGACAUGGUGUCAUUUAUUGGUCGGAAAAAUUAAUAUCGAAUUACGAAAUGACGAUAUUAAUAGGAAAAUUCUCCUAUUAAUAGAUUCUCAUUACACCAGAGAAAACGCGAAUAGUCUCAUAUAUUUACAAAAAAACAAUAUCGACGUUUUGACAUAUCCAGGAAAAUGCACCGCAUCAUGCCAACCGCAUGAUGUGGUGAUGUCAAAACCGUUCAAAGAUCAAUUUAUAAAAAAUUUGAGAACGGAAAUAAGAGAGUUUAAAGAAGCACACAAAAGCGAGCCUGAUCAAGCAACAUUAAAAGCUAUGGUAAUCGAAACCGCGCAUGAGGCAAUUACGAAAGUUGUUGAUGGCAAAUCAGCUUUCAAUGCAUUUGCUUCCUGUGGUUAUUUACCUUAUAACCCCGCUAAACUGUUAACAAAAAACAACACUAAUUACCACAAAUUAGAAGAUAGCGAGCAAGAAAAAAGAAGAUAUUCAUCCAGAUUCUUGAUCAAAGGUUUGUUGAAGAAAUCCAAAAGCAGCCCCCGACAAAAGAGAAAACGGCGUCACUUCCUUUGCAUCCAAUUAGUGAAGAGUUGGCACAUGAAUUAA